AUGGGUUUCAUCGACAAGUUCACGCCCAAGAUGGGUGCCGUUGCUAAGAGCAGGGCCGAUGUUGAGGCUGCUCAAGCCGAGGCUCCUCAUCUGAAGAGGGUCAACUGGAGCCAAGAUGCUGGUCUACGGAAGCUCUACUUCUAUGCCUUCUUCAUCUGUAUCGCUUCUGCGACCACAGGUUACGACGGUUCCAUGUUGAACAACCUCCGUAUCCUCCCAAUCUGGACUACCUACUUCAACGAUCCCAAGGAAGGCACCCUUGGUCUCCUGACUGCGCUCUACUCUAUCGGUUCAAUCGCUUCACUCCCUGUCGCUCCCUUCAUUGCUGAUCACUUUGGACGCCGAUCAUGCAUUACUGCUGGAUGUGUCAUUAUGAUUGUCGCUGCCGCUAUUCAAGGUGCAGCCAAGAACCUUGACUACUUCAUGGGUGGACGUUUCCUUAUGGGUUUCGGAAACUCGCUGGCUCAACUCUCUUCGCCUCUGCUCCUCACCGAGCUUUGCCACCCCCAGCACCGUGCUCGUGUUACCGCUGUUUACAACUGCUUGUGGAACGUCGGUGCUAUCAUCUGCACAUGGUUGACUUUCGGAACUAAGCGCAUCGACAACGAGUGGUGCUGGCGCAUUCCAGCCCUUUCCCAGGCUGCCCCUUCCAUCAUCCAACUGGCUGCUAUCUGGUUCAUUCCCGAGUCUCCACGUUGGUUGAUUGCCAAGGACAGGAACGACGAGGCUCUCCACAUCUUGGCCAAGUACCAUGCCAACGGCGAUGCCGACAACGCUACCGUUCAGUUCGAGUUUGCCGAGAUUAAGGAGACUCUCCGCCUUGAGUUCCAGUACCAGAAGACAUCUUCUUACCUUGACUUCCUGAAGACCAAGGGCAACAGGUACAGGCUCAUGCUCCUCGCAUCCCUCGGUCUUUUCUCCCAAUGGUCUGGCAACGGUCUUGUGUCUUACUACGCUACCGACGUUUACAACUCUAUCGGUAUCACAGACUCUGACACCCAGCUUGGUAUCAACGGUGGUCUGAAUAUCCUCUCCCUCAUCGUCUCAGUUUCAUGCGCCCUGCUCGUCGAUCGCGUCGGUCGCCGCCCGCUCUUCAUAUCUGCUACCGCGUCCAUGUGCGUCACCUUCAUCGUCUGGACUAUCGCUUCGUCCCAGCAGGAAAAGACCAAGAGCAAGGCUGCCGGUCAGGCUGUCAUUGCCAUGAUCUGGAUCUUCUCCGUUGCCUACGCCCUGGCUUGGUCUGGUCUGCUCGUCGCCUACACUGUCGAAAUCUUGCCCUUCAAGAUUCGUGCCAAGGGUCUCACGAUCAUGAACUUGUUCAUUCAGAUUGCCCUGACCAUCAACCAAUACGUCAACCCCUACGGUUUCGAAUACCUCCACCCCACCUGGAAGUUCUACACCAUCUACUCUUGCUGGAUCUUCCUCGAACUCGUCUUCGUCACCGUCUUCUACGUUGAAACCCGUGGACCAACUCUCGAGGAGGUCGCCAAGAUCUUCGAUGGUGAUGAGGCUGAGGUCGGCCACGUCGACUUGGAGCAGAUUGAGAAGCAGGUUGUGACCACUGGCUACGAGAAGGAUGACAACGUCCGCAUCGAACAGAUCAGGACCUCUUCUUAG